ACAAAUUAGUUUCAAUAAUCCUAUUUAUAGGAAGACAGAUAAAUUCGCGUUCAAGAUGGCCACAAACCUCAAACCCUUCGAGAGAAAUUAGGCUUUCUAAGACCUCGUAAACACGCAUAGACACACAGUCGAAUCGAAGCUAAUUACCAUCAGACACAGCAAAAUUUUCUUUUCUUUUGUAAAAAAAAAUAAAAAUACAAUUCAACAAAAAUUACCGAUUAAUAUGUACCGUUCAGCCAGCAUCAAUAGAUUCGCCGACGACAAUUUCAGCUACUACACGUCGUCGCCGUCGUCAAAAGUCCCGACGGCGCUGAGAUCUCUGUCGGAGGGAGCCGACGAGCUGCCCACAUACGAGCCGCUGUCGGAGGCGGCUAAGAAGGAGAAAUCUCGCGCCAAAUUUGCAGAGCGUGCAGUUCAUUUGAUACCUUUGAUCCUUCUUCUGUGCGCUUUCAUCCUUUGGGUUUUGUCUAAUCCAGACAAUGAUGUCCGAGGUAGUUCCAUAGCAGCAGAAAUUGAAGGAAUUUCAGGUGAGGGCCAUUUAGACAGUGAUGGGACAGGUCAUUUGCCCAUAGAUUUGGGAGAUAUGGAUCCAGCCAAGCUGAGAGACUCCAAAAUUAUAUUCUCACAAACCAGAUCAUGA